GGAAGAAGAAACAAACCCUGCCCAGCACAUCUCCUAAGAAGAACGGAAGGACUACUGGUAAUUUUAUUGCUCGCUCUUGUCCAAACAGAUCACUUGAUACCAGCUUUGUGCAAGAUCCGCAACACUGCCGAGCACCAUGCUCCAAUUAAAAUCCAGGAAACUGAUUCAGGUUGCGAGAACCCUGCACCAACAAUGGAGGACAGAAGCCUACAAAAGGAUUCAUAAAAUACAUGUGAGUCUGACCUUCCAUGACUCGGAUACUGGCAUCAUAUAUACCUAACUAGCUUGGCUGGGAAUUAGAGAGCAUGCAAUACUGGUAACAAUGAUACAAAGGACACCCGCCAAAGCCACCCAGCCGCCCCUCAUCCUACCACUUACCCUCAGGCUACUCCCGCGCCUGGGAGUUACGCCGCACGGGAAAGCCCCACUUCUCUCAAUAAGGUGGGUUUAGAAACCAGCUUUUACGAUACAGGCUGUGCUAAUAGAUAGUUAGUCGUAUGCAGUUAUAAAUGCAAAGCUGGAUAACUUGGGGGCCGGUCAAAAAGAUCUAGGAAGAAGGUUUGAUCGCAUGAUCUACUUUUUUGUAAGCGUGGCCAUCUUAAAAGGGGCAUUCGAUUUUUGCACCAAGGACCGGAUGGAGCAGGAGCAAGUGGUGACCCAAAAGAGAUAAAGAGUCCCGGUUGUUUUAACUCUCCCUAAGUAGCUUUGUUUGUGGUUGAUAAGGGCUGGGGUAUAGGGUCAAUUUUUCUGGCGGGGCGGUGGUCCCAGGGGCUGCUUACCCCCCUCCCCCUCCUUUUUUUUAAACUUAAAUUUAUAUUAUUAUCUGUU